CGACUGCCAAUGGUGUCACCACCGUCCCCAGGCAGAGCUUGUGCCCUGAGGGCAGCGGGCAGGGGUGCCUGUGUCUGCAGGAGCCAGAGCAAUGUGAGGACUCCAAGGCACGGGCAGAGCCUGCCCUGGAUGGCUCUGCAGAGCCCAGCAUGUUGGAGGACGAUGAGCAGGAGUUGAAGGCUGAGGCUGAGCCACAAGCCUGCCCUGACACCCCCCCAGCAGGGCCAACAACAGAGGACAUGUCCUGCACCAGCAGUGACGACAACAUGGAGGGGCUGCGGUGGCGGCCGGGCCACAAACCCCGCCCUGAGCCCGCCACUGUCACACCUGCUCCGCAACGGGGGACACCAGACACUGGUGAUGAUGGGCUCAGUAUGAGCACCUACCUGCUGGGGGCCUUGGCCAUGGUUGUUGUGGGGCUGCUGAUCAUCACUGGUGGUAUCUACGACGUGGCAGAUGGCCCUGUGGAGAGUAUGGGGAGCUGGGACGUGGCUGCUGGGGAGCAGGAGUCACUGCUGUCCAUAGACAGCAAUGACUCGCAGCAGCAGCAGCCCCCUCUGCCCGAUGAUGGGGGCCCUCAGAGCAUGCAGUCCAUGAGCCAGCUCCUGGACAAGCUGGCCAAAGAGAACCAGGAGAUCCGGCUCAUGCAGGCAGAGCUACAGGCCCACAAGGAGGAUCUGCAGGCGCUGCUGCACAAGAGCGAGGGCGAGGCAGCGGCGGCCGGGGCGCAGCAGCAGAGCCUGGCCACGGAGAACGCGCGGCUGCGCGCAGCGCUGGAGCGGGAGGUGACGGCGCUGCGCCAGGCCCAGGCUGAGCUGCGGCGCCUGCAGGCCACGGGGGCCCCUGGCAGCCCCAGGGAGCCACGGGCAGAGCAGCAAAGUGCCACAGGUGUGCCAGGGCACGGCAAAGCCGCGGCACGGCGGCACGGCAGCCUGGACUCGCUGCGGCAGGAGCUGGCGGACACCCUGGACCGUGUGCGGGGCUCUGGGGAUCUCAAGGGGCUCGUGGAGGAGCUGAGCACCCUGGAGCAGCACCUGGCCCAGGUGCUGGAGGCAGACAGGUCCUUCUCCACAUCCUGGAAGAAGCCAUCCAAGGUGGAGAAGGAGAGCAAGUGGCACAAGCAGCAUGGUGUCAGGGGAUCUCCCCAUGAGCAGGAGAGGAGAGAGCAGGGCAAGGCCCACAAGAAGGAGCCCCGAGCCCCCCGUGAGCACAAGCCAGGCAAAGCCUGGGGGAAGCCGUCUCACAGCCACCCCCGGCACGAUUCCCACGAGCUGCCCUGGCUCAAGCGGUACCGGGCACCCCAGGGCUGCUCUGGGGUGACUGACUGUGCCCACAAGGAGGGCCGGGAAGUGCUGGGGGUUGCCCUGGAGCCGGUGCAGAAGGUGCAGUUCCUGCAGCUGCUGGAGAGCUUCAUGGGGCAGCUGGGCUUGGGGAGACAAUUUGGGAGGCUGGCACCGCAGCUCGAUGGCGCCUUCAGGGCCGACGGCGUCUUUGCCCACGACCGCCUGCGGUUCGUGGAUUUUGUGGAUGAUGUGGAGGAUCUGCUGGAGGAUGUGGCGUGGCAGGAGCAGGGUGACAAGAAGGCAGCUGAUGGCUUUGAGGAAUUCAUGCUGCGGCACUACAGGGGCACCUCUGGGAACGUGUGGAGCCAGAGAGCCCCGAGGCAGCAUGGCAUGCGUGGGUAGAGCCAGGGGGGCAUUUGUGUGCCAGCCCCCCCACACAAGGGCUCCCCACAUGCUGUUUAUGGGGUCUAGGGGUGCCGCACACCUUGUAGGGCCAAGUAGGGCCACAUCCCUAACCAAAUGCACUGUGUGACGCUGCACUGCCACCAUGAAUAAAGUCAC